ACAAAGGGUUUGACCACUUAAACUUCCUGCCAGAAUUCCCAGACACGAGCCAAGCAUCACUUGAAUUUAGGAAAAGCUGGAUAAAGACCUUUGGAUCAGAACAAUCAUGAUGACCGGAUUUAGACUCAACUUGUCGCCUCUGAAGGAGCCUCUGGGCUUUGUUAAACUGGUGGAGUGGCUCACAGCUAUAUUUGCUUUUGGAAGCUGCGGCGGGUUCUCGGGGAAGAACAUUAUAUCUUUCUUCUGUGGCGAUGGCAAGAACGAAACCCUCAACGCCAACUUCCACUAUCCAUUCAGGCUGAGCCAGGUCCCCCUCAUUCAGGAGAACACCACUAUUUGUAAUCAGACUGUCACGACGACACACAUGAUGGGCGACUCGACGUCCGCGGCGGAGUUCUUCGUAGGCGUCGGCAUCGUGUGUUUCCUCUACAGCAUGAUAGCCCUGUUGGUGUAUUUGGGCUACAUGCAUGUCUACAAGGAUUCUGACUUUGGACCCAUUUUUGACUUUGUGGUUACAGCAAUUUUGGUCUUCCUGUGGCUGGUGUGUUCCUCUGCGUGGGCGAAGGGCCUGCAGAACGUGAAGGACGCCACGGAUACUCAGGGCAUCAGUGCCACGCUAGCCCUCUGCAGGGGCAGCAACAUCACCUGCGACGUUACGGAGUUCGCCAACAUGCGGACCCUAAACAUCUCCGUGGUGUUUGGCUACCUCAACAUGUUCGUGUGGGCGGGAAACGCUUGGUUCGUGUACAAAGAGACCCGCUGGCACUCCCAGAAGUUCUCCUCCCAACCUGGACCUGCGAGGCAACAGGUCCCCGCGCCCAUCUAACUUAUGUACAGCAAACCGCAAACACACUCAGACACUCAAAACACAUGUUGAUAUGCACACAACACACACACAGAAAUUCACCUUACAGACACACGCAUGCCAAAAUACGAUGCUAACACUUACACACAUACAUGUAAAAUGAUGAGGAAGGACAAAACAAAGGUUAGAUCAGCUGAACUGUUGCCAUAGGUGUUGUAGGCAGAUGUGAAAUGCUGUAAAGUAAGUAAAAAUUGUGAGUGAACAGGAGGAAAGUCUAAAUCAGCCUCAGAGUUUCUAGGACUGGGAUUAGUUCAGUGCCUUCUGCUCCAGUGGAAAUUGCUGUGAUGGGAGGAGUACCGGACCCAUUUAACAAGAGACAAUUUGAUUGGCCGGGCUAUAAAAUAGGUGCUGAUUAGUUUCAUUUGUAGGUUAAAACACAUUAACUGAAACAGGAACAGCUGCCCAAACUUUACCACAGUGAGGUUUCAUGUAACACUUCACACUUCAGCAGAAAAGGUCUCUCCUAGUCAGCGAUUUCAAAGCAGGUCGGGAUGUCAAGAUGUGCUCUUUGAGCUCUUUUGAAGAAGGAUAAAGAAGUGUGCAACGUCGAGCACCGUGAAUGCAGUGGUCAGUGAAGCAUGGUGGAGGUUCCUUGCGAGUUCGGGGCUCCACUUCAGCAAAAAAAGGAAUUUGUUCAGCAUCAAACGUGUCCUCAGUACUGAACAAUACGCACAGAUACCAUCAGAAAGGUAUCUUAUUGACCCCAACUUUAUUCUCCAGCAGGACGCUGACCUCCAAACGUGCAGGCAGUAUCAUUAAAAACUACCUUCAGUUAUAAAAAAGGACAAGCAAUCCUAGAAGGAUUUGAUAUGGCCACCACAGAGCCUAGUUAUCAACAUCAUCAAGUCUGUCUCGGGAUACACGAAGAGACCACAGAAAAUCUGCAAAUAGUUCUCCAAGAUGUUUGGAACAACCUCCCUGCUGAGUUCCUCAGCGUACCUGCAAGCAUUGAUGCUUUUUUGAAGGCAAAGCAUGGUCAUCAAAUACUCAUUUGAUCCACCUUUUUUUCCUGUUUGCUCACUAAAUGGAUACAAAUAAACAUAAAUAGUAUAUUGUUGAACGCAUGCUAAUUUUACAGCAUUUCUUAACACCUGCUAAAGACUUUUGCACAGUACUAAAUAUGUAUUUUUUCCUGGGGGGUUUGAAGUAACCAUAAACCAGUACAUCAGGUGUUUUCACUAAUGCAACACCAGUGCAAUUAGUAUUUAAGAUCCUGUUUAACUUCUCUUGAAGGUAGGGCAAAGGAUUCUGUGUGUUUUCUAACUCAGAAUGCAGAAUGCUCCUCACCAUCGCAUGAGUACACUGUAAAAAAAAAAAAAAAAAAAAAAAGCUGGUAUGCAUACACAGUUCUGGUCGUGCAAACCAUAAAAAAUGGCUCUAGCAGAUCACCAACAUGGGAAGGGUUUUUGCUUGUGCACAUGAAGUGGUUUGGGAGGAUUAACAGAGCAUGUUUUUUGGAAGAUGUACGUCAACAACGUGCCAUCAUACAGAAAUCCCUUACCCUGCCUUUAAUUUUUGGACACACAUGUACAAGCAGUUACCAAAUAUGUUUUUAGAUGUAAGUUUUAUAUACGACGUUUUGGAGUCAAAUCUUUUUCAUUGACAAACAACGCAAUUUUUAAACUUCCACUGCAACAAGGACAUCGUGACUACUGGUUUCAGGAUAGCCAAACGUAGUCACUGGAAGGCUAAAUAUGAAACUUUAAAAUUUACGGAAACAGUUGAUACCAAAAAUGCUUGUAUUUUAAUCCAAAUAUGUGUUUUUUUUUGUUUUUUUUUUACAUAUGUAUUUUUGGAGUGCAGGGUGCAAAUGUUUAAUUUUCUUCAUUUCUAUUGUCUCCAUCAAAGUUGCAACAUUCGCCACCUAGUGGCAGCUAGCAGUAACUGCAGUCUCUGAAUGAAACUUUAUUCAACCACAUUUGGUUUUUCUUUUUAACCUUCAGACCGGGUAAAGUAGUUUCAGACUCAAACAGCAGAUAUGUAGCUGCACUUGUGGUUCUGAACAUGAUUCUUGUGUUCUCAGUUGUUAAAUCCAUUACGAAUACUUGACAGUUUGCUACUUUACAAGUCCAGGAAGAAAUGCUGCUCUGUGAAUGCAACGCUCCAUUUCCUUCUGUCAAGGUACCAGUUAAUUACUCCAAUGAUUGUUUGUUUUUUUUUUGCGUGUCAUAAUGUUGAAUUUAGUAAUAAUAUCUUUUUGCAAAGUAAUCUUUAUUUUCAUCAUCCACAUUUUUUUUCACAUGUGAUGAUACUCUGCCAAAGCUCUGUAUUCUUUUUCCUGGUUUAUGCUCAUUACUUAUCUGUUUGAUCAGUUAUUUUGUUGAUGCUCAGUCCAGGUUGUCUACUUCUUGAACUCUUCGUGUGACACCAAACGGUGAAGUGGUGAUAUUUCUUAUGACCUUUUUUUUUUUUUUUCCAUUUUAGCUUAUUGUAAAUCGUUAGUUUGAAUAGUAUUGUUUUUCUUUUUGCUGAAUUUUCCCUUUAAGAAGCAAAAUGUACACUCUUGAAUGUGACAUGCAUGAUUUCAAUGUA